AUGGCGACUCUCAAUGUAAUAUCAAUAAUUGGCAUAUCGUUAACGAUAAUUUCUAUAACUAAUAAAAAACAAUAUGAUCAUCAAAAUGUUGAAAAUAUCAAUAUAUUAAAUGUUAAGAAUAGAAAAUUUGAUUACAUAGUAGUGGGUGCCGGAGCUGCCGGUGCUAUAGUGGCCUAUCGUUUGGCUGAUGAAGCCGGUAGUACAGUAUUGCUGUUAGAAGCGGGUGGACCACAAAAUCUAUAUAACGAUAUUCCCGCAUUACAAGACAAAGAUGAAUAUGCCGUUCAAAACUGGAAAUAUCCGACAAACGAAAGCAACCAGAUUGCCGGUGGUCGGGUAUUUGGCGGCUCAUCGGCCAUCAAUUCAAUGAACUACUAUCGCGAGUCACCCGAGUAUUAUCGUUUGUGGACUGAAAUUACUGGUCUGAGUGAAUGGACUUUCGACAAAGUGUUGCCUUAUUUUCUAAAAUCGGAAAACAAUUUGGACCAUAAAUUGGUGGCCGAAAAUUCGGGUUAUCAUCGCACAGGCGGUAGAGUGACUGUAACCAGUAGUGAAUCAAAUGCAAUGAUGAAACAUUUGAUGAUUGGUGCGGAAAUGUUAGGCCAUAAGAAAACGUUUGGUGACGGCAGAGAACCUAUGGGUGCAGCAGUUUUGCAGAAUACUAUUGAUACAAACAGAAGUCGGGUAUCAACAGAAAAGGCGUUUUUGGAAAAUAAUAAAUUAAAAAAUUUUAAAAUUUUCGGCAACUCUAUGGUCACAAAAGUUAUUUUCAAUAACCAAAAACAGGCCACUGGUGUUGAGUUUUCGCGUUACGGCAGAAAAUAUCGUGUUUUUGCAAACAAAGAGGUCAUACUGAGCGCCGGCUCUAUAGGCAGUUCCAAACUGCUAAUGCUGUCGGGUGUGGGACCCAGGGAUCACUUGAAACAGUUUGAAAUUCCUGUUGUUGCCGAUCUCAAUGUUGGUCACAAUUUUGUUUUUCCAUUGAUUGCGAUUAUAACUUUUGAUAUUAUCAAUCAAUCGAUGGUUGAGCCGCCGACCGAAACAAUCGAUCAUUUAAUCGAUUACUAUAUUAGACAUACCGGUCCACUCGGUUAUAACCAGUCAACGAUUAUCUGUUUUCCCGAACAAGCCUACAGUCAAUCAUAUCCCGAGCUCAGUAACGGUUGUCUACUAGCACGCACUGGUCUAGUGAACAACCGUAUGACUUUGUUUGCCAUAGCGGUAGUUCGGCGCCCGAAAACAACAGGCCGUAUUGAACUGGUUUCCAAUGAUCCAUUCAAAGCACCCGUAGCUAAAACAUGCACAGUUUGCGAUAGCACUGAUGUUGAUAAAAUGGUUAAAGUAUUUAAAUCAAUUAUUCAAUUAUAUACCAGUCCCUAUAUGAGACAGUUUAUCCAAUUCAAUCCGAUUGGCGGUGGCUGUACUCCCUGUGCCGGUGAUAACUAUUCAUGCGAUGACUAUCUGCGGUGUAUUGUCAAGAAAUACACAUCUCCUGCACUAUCAAUGGGCGGGUGUCGUAUAGGUGUGUCUCCAGAGACGGGCGCUGUUGUCGACAAAACUUUCCGUGUUUUUGGUGUACAACGACUGCGAGUGAUUGACUCGAGUAUAAUACCGGUUCCCACUGAACAGGGAAUGACCAUUUCGAUGAUGAUCGGCGAAUACGGUUCCCAUACUGUUAUUAAUGGCUUUUAA